AUGGCAGCUGCCCUUCGCCCUGCAGCCUUCGCCAGCUUGACACAGGAUGAGCAGGAGACGAUCCGCCAGAAGCAGAAACAGGCUCAGCUGAAGAAGAAGGCGGCAAAGAAGCAGCGAGGAACCAGCCAGCUGCCACCGUCCGAGCCCAGCGAGCCCGUUGAGGAGGAGGUCGUUGAGCCUGGCCGGAGGCCCCUCCGUGAUGGGCUUCCUGACCGAACGCACCUUUCACUGGAGGAGUACUUCGGGGCCUGUCCUGCCGGCCUCUUCAAACAAGCUGGCCUGAGAGCCACGGAGGAGAACCUUGAGCUCCUCCUGGGUAUGGACUUCAAUCAGGUGGUCGGGCGCUUCGGCGACGGUUCUCCCGUCCGGCUCUCCAGCUUCAACUACUUCCAGUUCGACGGCAGUGACAGCGAGAUUUGGGAUCCCACAUUCCUGGCCCGACUGGCGUACGAGGGCUUCUUCACCAUCACCACGGGGAGGCGGAAACAGCGCGACCCACUGCCUGAGCUACAACCUUUCUACGGCGUGCUCGAUUGGCACAACCUGAACCGGUCGAAGCAUGUGAACAAAGCUCUGAGACGACUGGGGGUCGAGACACCCCGUCGGUAUUUCCUCUACUGCGACCGGGAUCUCGAAGAGACCUACAAGCAGCUGGAUCGUUAUCAGAAGGAGCAGCACGGGGAGAACUGGAUGACUUGGAAGUACAUCCAGGCCUUCCGGCGCGCCAGUGACGAUCCGAAGAUCAACUUCCGUCUGCACUCGAUCGAGCUGUACGAUGGCCCACGGUUGGCGGAAGAGCCUGCGGCCAAAGCUGAUCCGCCCAAGCUGAUCGCGGGUGAGAUUGGGUACUCUAUCGGCAAGGUCUACACGAGCUUGUCUGGAUUCAGUCUUCGAAGUGCGGAUGGCCUGGGAUGGAUCCAGCUCGCCUGCCUGGGCAAGUGGCUGGAGGAGAAGCGCUACGCUUUCUGGAGCCUAGGCCACUGCUACAGCCCGCACAUGGAGUACAAGCGGCAGCUGGGGCAUCGGAUCUACACACGCGCAGAGUUCCUGGAACGGCUCAAGCACGAGCGAGGACCGUUCCGGUGCUCACCUGAUCAGCUUUCACAUCAGCUGGGCAAGGGCGAGGAGUUUGAUGCCGACUCUGUGCUGGCAGGCAUGCUGCGAUCCGACAAGCACACCGAGACUGCUCUUGUGAGCGAUUGA